AUGAACGCCCCAGAAAGAUUCGAAUUAUUUCUUUUGCCUGAUGGUACUCCAAAACUUCAAAUUGAACCAGAUAGAAAAGCCCGUAACGCUGCAAUUAUUGAGUUCGAACGUGAGGACCAUACCUUAGGUAACUUACUUCGUGCACAAUUGUUGGCUGACAGAAGAGUGAUAUUUGUCGGUUACAAGAUUGAACAUCCACUUUUCCCUAAAUUCAAAAUGAGAAUUCAAACAGAAGAAGGUUAUAAGCCGACAGAGGCAUUGAAGAAUGCAUGUGCUUCGAUCAUCAGUCAAUUACUGAGCUUGGAGGAUAAUUUCAAGAAGGAAUGGGACACCAAAAUGUUUGCACAUGAGGUUAUGGAUGAUAAUUGA